GUCUGUCCAGUGCUUCCUUGAAAUUUCAUACCGUUCUUUCAUAAUCCGGCGGCUCAAGAGUUUUGAAGUCUGGUUAAACAUUGAUGCAGAAAUUAAUCAUGAGCUCGAAGGAAGCCGUGCAGACCGCUGCCAGAGAGUUCCUGCACUUCGUCAACCGUGGAGUGUCCCCCUACCACGUGGUGGAGGAGUGUAAGUCCCGUCUAGUGAAGGCAGGCUUCACUGAGCUCAAGGAGGCUGAGAAAUGGGACAUCAAGCCAUCCAACAAAUACUUUGUGACCCGGAACUACUCCACCAUCAUUGCCUUUGCGGUGGGUGGCCUCUACAAGCCUGGCAAUGGAUUCUCUAUGGUGGGAGCCCACACGGACAGCCCCUGCCUCAGGGUGAAGCCGCGCUCCAAGAAGACUAAGCAGGGUGUACUGCAGGUGGGUGUUGAGUGCUACGGAGGAGGCAUCUGGAACACCUGGUUCGACAGAGACCUCACCGUCGCCGGACGCGUCAUGGUCAAG